AUGCCAAUGCAAUCUUUUCUGGAUUACAGCAAAGACGUCCGCCUACCGAUCCAGCUACAGCGAGCCAUGGCAGCCGAAGCCGAGGCAGCCAGAGAAGCUCGUGCUAAGGUAAUCGCCGCCGAGGGUGAACAAAAGGCCUCCAGAGCUCUGCGAGAAGCUUCUGAAGUGAUCGGCGAUUCCCCGGCAGCUUUACAGCUCCGCUAUUUGCAGACCCUGAAUACAAUUUCUGCGGAGAAGAAUUCUACUAUAGUGUUUCCGUUGCCGAUUGACCUGCUCACUUAUUUUGUGAAAGCCAAAGAAGCUGCAGGGCAGUCAAAUAUGUUGUAAGGCAUGUGUUUAUAAAUUAUAUAUGAGAUACUUGUUCGAAGAUUUAAAGGGCACAAGACAUUGAUAAUUUUAAACGACACAUAAAGUUUGACUUGAUGUUUUCAGCACGUCUCACAUAUUUUUGCAUUAUUAAGUAUUAUGUAAACAUUUUAAAAAUAAAUGUUUCCUACUCUA